AUCUCGGGACGAUCUUUCAAUCCGGAACGGUAUAUAACAUGAGCGAGGCGAACAUCCGCGAUCGGUUUGGCUCUUUAUCAAGGAGCUCGAGGCCCUUGGUCAUUCUACAACACCAGUAAAGUCAUGGCAGUACAACUAAGGGCACCUCCUUCUACCCUUGACAGCAUAGCGGCGCAGGAAGCGUCUUGCGUCUUCCCGCACUUCACCGCGGAAACCGCCUGGACGCUGGGCAACAUCAUCCGCACGAAGCUCCUCUCCCUGACCAAGACCACCGGGCGCUCCGCCGUCAUCUCCAUCUCGCUCGCCAACGCCAACCAGCCGCUGUUCUUCACCGCGGUCGGGUCGGGCACGCUCCCGGACAACGACUUCUGGGUCGCGCGCAAGCGCAAGGUCGUGCUAAGGUGGGGGUGCAGCACGUGGGCGUUCCGCCACAAGAUGCUCGCGAAGAACCCGGAUGGGGACGUGGAGGAGACGCUGAAGAAGUUCUUUGUGCUGGGGGACAGCGCGGGGGAGUAUGCGAUCCACGGGGGCGGGUUCCCGAUCAAGGUGCGGAAGGUGGAGGGCGUGGUGGGGGUGAUUGUGGUGAGUGGGUUGACGAUGGAGCAGGACCAUCAGGUCAUUGUGGAGUCUAUCGAGGAGUAUUUGAAGGGGGUUGAGAGCGGGCAGUACGCGGAGUGAUUGGGGUGCGUGAAGUCUAUGGAUCAAAUAAAGAUGUACGAGUAUAUCGCCGUUGAUUGUGAUGUUACGCCGACCUUCAGUACGCCAGAGUCAUGCAAAUGCAUAUCAUGAAGCAAAGCAUGGU